AUGGCCCCGUUACUUUCUUUGGCACUUCUGUGCUGUUUAUUAUUGAAAGAGGCUACAGCUUUCUAUCUUCCCGGUGUCGCACCCUCCUCGUACUCGGCCGGCGACCGAGUCCCUCUCACCGUCAAUGCGUUGACUCCUUCGAUUUCGCGGCAUGAUGAGCAAAUUCAUGCUGUUGUUUCUUACGACUAUUACCAUCCUGCAUUCCGCUUCUGCCGACCGGACAAGGGGCCGCAGCGAGUGCGCGAGUCACUGGGGAGUAUAAUCUUUGGUGAUCGCAUCCAGACGUCUCCAUUCGAACUGCGUAUGGGACAGAAUGAAACCUGCAAGAUGGCAUGUGAGAGCGAAGAAUUCGAUGCGGUGGCUACCAAAUUCGUCAACGCCAGGAUAAGAGAGGCUUACAAUGUUAACCUGCUGGUCGAUGGACUGCCAGCCGCGGAGCUCAGGGAAGAUCCUCUCACUCAUGAGCAGUUCUCCAGUCCGGGUUUCCCGCUGGGCAAGGUCAAAGAAGAUGGCACAAAAGUUCUACACAAUCACUGGGAUAUCAUCAUCGACUAUCAUCAGGCGGGACUGCGAGGUACCAGAUACCGCGUGGUCGGCGUUCUGGUCCAGCCACAGUCGUAUGCCGACUCAAAACCGCUAGGUCAGGGCAAGGGUGAAUGUGCGGUGAAUUCGGGGCCGGUCGUGCUCAACGAGGCGGGUGGGACCAAGGUCACAUACACAUACAGCGUUUACUGGCGUCCUUCUGACACUGCAUGGGCAACUCGAUGGGACAAAUACCUCCACAUCAUUGACCCUAAGAUUCACUGGUUCUCCCUGAUCAAUUCCACAAUAUUCGUCGUCUUCCUGGUUGGGAUGGUGAGUACAAUUCUGGUCAGGGCUCUUCACAAGGACAUCGCGAGGUACAAUCGGUUGGACAACAUCAAUCUGGAUGAUCUUUCGGGCACCUCUGCUGUGGAAGACGAUAUUCAAGAAGAUUCCGGCUGGAAACUGGUACACGGCGACGUGUUCCGUAGCCCGCGUCACAUUCUCAUGCUGAGCGUCCUUCUCGGCAACGGAGCCCAGCUUUUCGUCAUGACAGGAGUGACGGUGGUAUUUGCCAUGCUGGGCUUUCUGUCCCCCUCCAAUCGGGGGUGGCUCACUUCAAUCGGUUUACUCCUCUAUACGCUCUUUGGGUGUAUUGGGGGCUACGUCUCUGCCCGCGUCUACAAGAGCUUUGGCGGAGAGAAGUGGAAACUCAACAUUGUGCUGACCCCACUGUUUGUGCCUGGCAUUGUGUUCGGGACCUUUUUCCUCCUCAACCUCUUCGUUUGGGCCAAAGGUUCGAGUGGAGCUGUUCCCUUCACGACCAUGCUCGCCAUCAUAGCCAUAUGGUUUCUGAUCAGUGUCCCUUUGAGUGUGGCUGGUUCGUGGUAUGGUUUCAAGCAGGCGGGCAUCGAACCGCCAACACGGAUCAAUCAGAUCCCGCGACAGAUCCCACCGACUGCGCGGUCACUCCGACCUUUGCCCUCGCUUCUUCUGACCGGCAUUCUCCCCUUCUGCGCCAUCUUUGUGGAGCUGUACUUUAUCAUGACCUCGCUCUGGACGAGCAAGAUCUAUUAUAUGUUUGGGUUCCUCUUCAUCUGCUAUGCGCUGAUGGUGCUGACCUCGGCAUGCACAACCGUCCUGCUUGUGUAUUUCCUCCUUUGUGCGGAAGAUUAUCGCUGGCAGUGGAGGGCGUUCUUCGGGGCCGGAAUGACGGGAGGCUAUGUUUUCCUGAACGCCUUGGGGUUCUGGGCGACUCGGGUUAGCUUCGGCGGCUUUACUGGGGCAGUCCUCUAUGUGGGCUACUCUGCGCUCAUCAGCUUCCUGGUAUUUGUGCUUAGCGGGACUAUCGGGUUCUUUGCAUCAUACGCAUUCGUGCAUCGGAUCUAUCGAUCUAUCAAGGUCGAUUAA